AUGGAGGACUGGGACGACGACGACGAAGACCCGUUACAUUCCGUCGGCGGCGUCCACUCCGACGACGAGGACGACGCGGCCGCCUUCGUCGAUCGCGACGAGGACGGACGUCCGCUGUACAACCAACUCCCGGGCGGCAUCGGCGCGAGGGCGCUGGCGCUGGGGUACAACCCGCGCACGGCGGAGGACCCGGUGCUGGAACCCGGUUUGUACCUCGUGGGAACUCCGAUCGGGAACCUCGAGGACAUCACGCUCCGAGCGCUGCGGAUUCUCCGAAGCGCCGACGCCGUGCUGUGCGAGGACACCCGGCACACCAAGCGACUGCUGGCGCGGUACUCGAUCGAGCCCCUGAAGCUGGUGAGCUACCACGCGCACAACGAGCGGCGUCGGCGAGAGCCGCUCCUGGACAAGAUGCGGCGGGGCGCUUCCCUGGCGCUCGUGUCCGACGCUGGCACGCCGGGCGUCGCCGAUCCCGGCGCGGACAUCGCGGCGGCGUGCGCGGAGGAGGGGAUCGCCGUGUUUCCGAUCCCGGGUCCCAGCGCGGCGGCCGCGGCGGUCGCGAUGGCGGGUAUCCCGGUGGAUGAGGGUUUCACUUUUUGCGGUUUCCUCCCGCCGAAAUCGGGCGCGAGGAGGAAAAAGUUGGAGACGUUGAGGCCGAUUAAAGGGUCGUUGGUGGCGUUCGUGCCCCCGCACAAGCUGGUGAACACGCUGAAGGACUGCGCGGAGGCGCUCGGAGACAGGAACUGCUGCGUGUGUCGCGAGAUGACGAAGCACGUCUCGAGCCACGUAUAA